AAAUACCAGCAAUUUCCACCACCGCUAUCACCAGCUCCAAUAAGCAUGUCGACGUCUUCAGACCAAAACACCGCCUUCCAACCUCCUUACCCGCUCACCAAUGCUGUUGAAGCCAAUUACACCUACAUGGCCUCUUUGAAAGAUUGGUUCCGUCAGUUUAGGUUAUCAGAUGAGUACGUGGAAAGUCAAGUGUUAUCAAUAUUGCCGUUCUUCCCCGAGUCCGACGGCAAGCGGGUGGCCAAGAUCAUCAACACCCCCAUAAGCAACAACAAUUUCAUCCACGAGUUUUGCGUUGAUAACGUCGAGUCGGAGGUGCUGGCAUUGCCUGACGGAGUCAAAGAUAUUGUUUUGAUCCAUGGGUAUGCCGCUAGCUUGGGUCUCUUUUUCAGCAACUUCGAUGCUUUAUCAUCGAUUCCAGGUGUGAGGGUCCAUGCCAUCGAUUUGCUUGGGUUCGGAUUCAGUUCCCGUCCCGACUUCCCACUGUUUAAAUCUGAUACGGUAGAGGAUGUUAUGAAGGUGGAGGACUGGUUUAUCGACUCGAUUGAAGAAUGGAGGGCCAAGAGGAAUAUCACCAACUUUGUGUUGAUGGGCCAUUCUUUUGGUGGAUACUUGAGUUCGUGUUAUGCCUUGAAGUAUAAUAAACCUCAGGAGAACGGGAAGAACUUGAUUAACAAGUUGGUGUUGGUGAGUCCAGUAGGGGUGGAGAGGAAUCGGUACUCGCUCUUGAAGGACAUUCCUAACCCAUUUGUGGAUGAUACUGAGUUGAACAGACAGAACACAAACACCCAGGGCCCCCAUGUAGAAGACGAGCUCUUGAAAGAUCAAAGCACAUUGACGGGCCACCACAUCAAUCCCGAUUACAAGCAUAUAAAUAUGGACAACCUGGAGCCUGAGACCUUAAGCAGAAGAAUGAAGUUUCUCAUAUUCUUGUGGAAGAGAAACAUUAGUCCGUUCUCCAUCGUGAGAGGUUUGGGACCGUUCAGAUCCAAGUUGAUUGGCCGUUGGACAACCAGAAGGUUCUCUGACGUUUAUGCGGAGGAUGCAGACUACUACCAGCACAUUCAUGAUUAUUUCUACCGAACGUUCAAUGGUAAAGGGUCUGGAGAAUACGCCAUAACAAGGGUCUUGGACGUAGGGGCCGUCCCCAAGUUGCCAUUAAUGGACAGACUUCCUAUGUACUUGACCAAGAAAAAGGUGCCAACCUUGUGGUUAUACGGAGAUCACGACUGGAUGAAUGUGGAGGCAGGUCAGGAGAUAGUCAAGGAGAUCAAUAAUAUCGCUAACAAGGACUUGGCCAGGUUUCUGUUGAUUCCUCUGGCGGGUCACCACUUGUACUUGGAUAAUCCAGGAGUGUUCCACCUGGUGGUCUUGAAGUUUCUUAAGGCAAAGUUAACUUAACUGUAAAUAGCAUUGAAAAAUAACCUAGACGUGA